GCACGAGAGGUUGUAAAUGAAAGAGUCAAUAUGGGGGAAAAGAAGGCAGAACCAUUGGAUUUUGUGAAAGAUUUUCAGGAAUAUCUGACCCAGCAGACUCACCAUGUCAAUAUGAUUUCUGGAUCAGUUACUGGUGACAAGGAAGUAGAGACUCUCCAGGGAGCUGGGACAGAAGGUGAUCAGAAUGGUCUGGAUCAUCCUUCUGUUGAAGUUUCACUGGAUGAAAACUCAGGAAUGUUGGUGGAUGGGUUUGAAAGGACUUUUGAUGGCAAGUUAAAGUGUCGAUACUGCAACUACGCCAGCAAAGGAACAGCCCGGCUCAUAGAGCACAUCAGGAUUCACACAGGGGAGAAGCCACACAGGUGCCACCUGUGUCCCUUUGCCUCGGCCUACGAGCGUCACCUGGAGGCUCACAUGAGGUCCCACACCGGGGAGAAGCCCUACAAGUGUGAGCUGUGCUCCUUCCGCUGCAGCGACCGCAGCAACCUGUCCCACCACCGCCGGCGCAAGCACAAGAUGGUGCCCAUCAAGGGGACGAGGACUUCCCUGAGCAGCAAGAAGAUGUGGGGGGUUCUGCAGAAGAAGACCAGCAAUUUGGGGUACAACAGAAGAGCGUUAAUUAAUUUGAGUCCGCCUUCCAUGGUGGUGCAGAAACCAGAUUACCUUAAUGAUUUCACCCACGAAAUCCCCAAUAUCCAGACUGAGGCGUACGAGAGCAUGACAAAAACGACUCAGAGCAGUAGCUUGCCGAGAGAUCCACAGGACCUCAUGGUGGAUAAUCCUUUAAACCAACUCUCCACGUUAGCAGGACAGUUGUCCAGCUUGCCACCUGAAAACCAAAAUCCAGCCUCUCCUGAUGUUGUUUCCUGUCAAGACGAAAAGCCUUUCAUGAUACAGCAGCCUGCUGCACCUGCAGUAGUUUCAGCUGUGUCAGCGAAUAUUCCUCAGAGUUCCUCUCCAACCAGCCCUGAUUCCCGGCCCACACACAAUCAAAGGAACUACAGUCCCGUGGCAGGGCCCAGCAGUGACCGCAGUGCCCACACCAGUACCCCCAGUAUCAGCAACAGCCAGCCCAGUACUCCAGCUCCAACCCUGCCAGUGCAGGACCCUCAGCUCCUGCACCACUGCCCACACUGUGACAUGUACUUUGCGGACAAUAUCCUUUACACCAUCCACAUGGGCUGCCAUGGAUUUGAAAAUCCUUUCCAGUGUAACAUUUGUGGGUGUAAGUGUAAAAACAAGUACGACUUUGCUUGCCACUUUGCAAGAGGCCAACAUAAUCAACAUUGACUGAGAACAUGCUUUUGUUUAGUUUUUUAACAUAUUACAGUCUAUUUUUCAUACUUGCUGAUGGAAAGCUUGCACAUUCCCUUAGGGAAUCUUCACAUUAAUGAAUUCGACAAAGGAGGCAAAUUGAUUUCUGUGUUCUUGUAAGACUUGCCAGGAAAAUUUUGUAUCUCUUUCAGUUGCUGUUUUAUAUGUAGCCUUUCAAAAAAAGCCAAGAGUGCUGUAAGGGUUGGAAUGCAUUUACAUGCUGUGGUUGCUAAAUUUACGUUGCUUGCACUGAAUCCCAAUAAACAUUCUGCAAGGAGCAGAGCACGUGUCCUGAACCAUAGGAUGUAAUUCCCAGAUUGUUUAAUAGGCAAGAUAAGAUAUAUUAUCCAUAAAAUACGAAAGGUCAAUGCAAUGACACAUGGUGUAGAGACUGGACAAGGAGGAAUGACUUCAUGGUGGCAGAGGGCAGGGUUAGAUGGGAUAUUGAGAUGGAAUUGUUCCCUCCUUUAAGGUCCCUUCCAACCCCAACUAUUCUAUGAUUUUGGAGAAGUCCUUAAAAACCUGGCUACUCAAACAGAAGCAUUUUUCGCAUACAAAUUCAAUUUGAUGUAAAAGUUGCUUUCAUCUGAUGAAGGUUAAUAAUAAGUUUUUAUUUAGUAUAGUCUAAACUCUUCAUGCUAGGACUUAAACACUAAUUUAACUAUUAGCACAAAACUAGAAAAUAACAAUUGUAUUGUGAAUGAAACUAUGGUAGGGAAAAAAAAGCUAAAAGCCUGUCAUUCAUGAGUUACAGAAACAAAAAAGUAAGAUACCUUAUUUUACCUACAGUCUACAGAAUUUUACAUGCCAUUGUUUUUCAGAGAAGGCAACUUCUAGAGACAUAAGGAAGAGCCUGUAGAACUAGUAUAUAUUCUGUAGGAUUUCUGACUGCCUUAAACUGAGUUGUACAGAUACUUAAGAUUUGCACAAUUAGACUUCUGUCCUGCUGAUAGAAGUUCUGAUAGAAACAAACAAGAAGUUUACAAAUUAAAACUCCUGUGUUUAGUUUUAUGUUGGGCCAGGCUUCAACUGAGAGGUUGCCUGUAUUUUUGAGAGUUGUGUAACCCAGUUUUUUGUAAAUUCCAGCUGGCUUGGAGGCCUGGUUUGUCCCCUCUCCCAGGUUUGAUAUCCUUUAGGUGUGCUGGGAAUAAGGGGAAGGACCUCUGGCUUUUUCUGGGAUCCAUGUAGGAUGCAAAGGAAAACUGGCUGACUACACUGAAGUUUUUUCUAGGAAUUGUAGAUGGUAAAUGGUAACUGAAGUUGUUUAUUUUGUUUCACAGUGUACACUCAUCUUCAGAAGCCCUCAGGCUAAAGGACAGGCACUUUAACAUAAACCUGAGUAAAACAUCUAAUUAAAAUUAGUAAUAACUUCAUGUGCUAAAUAAGAAUUGGAGACAUUAAAAAUAAAGGAAGAACUGUUACUUUUCCAAUAUUUAGACAUGCACUUUUACCUUGGUUUGUCCUACCCGAGACAAAUUAAACCUUCCCUUAUAUAUUCCCCUUUUCCUAUCAGCAAACCAUGUUUUGUUAAAAGCAAGAUUUUAUUAAUGUUCCACAAGUCAGAAAUUGGAAUCUGAAUAGCAAAUGUUUGGCUUAUUCAAACUUACAUUGUUAUGGGAGCUAAAACUUCCUGAAAUCAAUGGAAAAACUUACAGUGAUCAGGAUGAGAUCAAUGCAGGAAAUCCAUCUGUGAAAGAAUUUUAGCUGUAGAAGUAAUUUUGACUUUAAUUCAAUAGAAAUUUGGAUACCAGACAUGUUUCUGUCUACCUGAUUGACCUAAUGUUGAAUUUCUGUGCUUGAAGAACUGGGUUCUUGGCUGUUCAGUCUUGUAGUAACGAGGUCAGAAAUCUGCCACUGAAGUGGUUCCAGUGUAGUGAAGAUGAACAAUAACACUGUCACUCCUAAAAAUUGUUCUAUUUUCAGGCCUGGUUCAGAAUUCAUUUUGCUGAGUUUGUAAGACAGAAUGUAAUUUCCAUUUUUCAUCAGCACACUCUGUAAUUCCAAAAUAUUUCAUUCUUGCUUUAUAAUUUUUAUAUGUAUUUUAUAAGUAAAACUGCAAGUUUGUGUGUGUAAACAUCCUUUAUUUUAAGAGCUGCAUUCUUUAUUUUAUUCAAAAGCUGAUUGAACUGGAAUCCAGUUAGAAGUUACUGCUGCUGGACAGUUUUUGGAAUCAAAUUUUUUUUUCAGUCAAAGAGGGCAGAAAGGGUGGCUCUCUUUGGAUCACACAUUGAACAAUUCUACAAUUUCAGUUUGGCUCAAAUACAGUGUUAGGAUAAGAGACAUUCCUCCAGAAGACUUCACAGUUAGUAAUUUAUGGAAGUGGCUUUCCUUGCCUUUUUGACAGAUGGUGCAAUCUCCUGUUCCUAAGCUCUGACAUUUCCAAGGAAACUUGUGGAAUGGUGCUGCUGCAGGGAGCACCUGACAGUACUGAGUGAUCACAGCAGCCAAGUUCUGCUUGGUUUGUGGUUUUUCCCUUCCUGGUCUCUUAGGGAGAGUAAUUUCCAUGUGCACAGAUGAGGUUUCUGACCCACUGGGGCUUCUACUGGGAGUGUUAACAUUGUUAGAAGCUUUUCUUUGUCUCAUGAUUUGGUGAUAGAGAGAAAUGACUCCUGAACCACGAUGCUUGAACAAAAGUGAGGAUAGGUCACUAAUGGAGGAGUUGGGAGCAAGAGGAAACGUGCAGGGUCUCAUGGAAAAGGGGCCCUUAUAUAGGAGGGGAUCCUAGUGUGGGGAAUGUAUGUUCUUAAAAACAUAGCUCAGUAUGGAAAUAUCUAUCCCUAAGUCUUGCAAAUCAUUGGAAGGAUUUUCUGCUGCUGCCUGGAUACCAUUGGUUCUGCUCUUGAGUAACUAAGGGAAAGAUUAGUUGGGACAUCCAUGAAUGGUUGAGGAAUGAAAAAACAUUUCCCUGUUUCCUUGGACAAACUCCUCGUUGCAGAGGAGUUCUUGGGCAGCAGCAGCUUUGGUGCUCAUCCCAGAUCCCUGGGGUGGAUCCCCAUGUCCUUCCCAGGACUAGGAUUAUCCAUGUUCCAUGAUCACACUGUGUGUUCAGUUGUGCUAAACAAUGCCCUGACAUGAUUGUCCCCUUCUGUCAGCUGAGGAGCUUUGGAAGGUGUAUUUUCCUAUUUUUCCUGAUCUAUACCUGCUAUUGACUAUAAUUUAAAGACCAGAGUUGGUAUUGGCAAAUUCUUUCCAAGUGUGAUCCCUUGCAUAAGCAGGCCUUACCCAGAGUCAGUGAGGGAGACUUGUCCAGGAUUUCUGGGAUUGAAUCCUUAGUGAAAAGAACUUUUCAUAUUGAGUCCUCCCUGUGCUACAGUGCACUUACUUUUUUUUUUUACUCCUAAACCCAAAUCCUUCUAUGACAGGGUAAUGUGUGAUUAGCAUUUUAACAGUUAUUAAUGGAAGUGUGGGAAGGAGAUGGAAUUUUUCCAUACCUCGGUUCUGUUAAGUUCAGUAGUUGUAAACAUGAACUUUGUGGGGUUUUGUUUUUAUUGUCAUAGCUUGUUUUAUAGCCUUGUGGACAUUUCUAACAUGCACUAUUUAUAGCACCCUUAAUACACAUUUACUGUUUUGAGACAAUAUUCCAAUGAACAUUUGAAUAUUUGAAUAUCUUAAUUAUCUCUGUUAAUACUUCAUCCGUGAAGGAGGCAAUAGGAAAAAUAGUUUUUUCACAGAUACGUAUUUAGAGGAAGAGGAUUUAGACAUAAAAUGUUGAUUAGCAUUUUAAUAUAAAACUCAGUGCUGGGAGACACUUUCCAGCAGUGUUUUCCAGCCAAACAAUCUGUUACUGUUUGGUUUGUUCCAGAACGUUUUGGGGGGCUUGCUUUUUGUUUCUUUUUGACAAAGGGAAUGUAAUUUAGAAGUCUUCACUGGCAAGUUUUCUACUAAUUUUGAGCUUCUUUGAAAAGCUACAGCAAAUGGAUGUUGUGCUGCAGGAAAUCUCGCUCCUGCUAAAGCAUUUUUCAUUGAGCAAUCUUUGUGUAUGUGCUUCUAAGUACCUUUGUUAAUAAUAUGUACUUCAGUGUAAAAAGCAGAUUUUAUGCAAAAACGAAACCUGUUAGAGCUGUAAAAUAAACUUUAAUGUUAGUGAAGGUUUUUGAGAUGACAAGGUUAAUUCUGAAAUAACUCUAUCUCGUGUAGUUCAUGUUGUGAAGCUUUGCUUUUGUAAGAUAUGAA